GGCAGACUGUGUUACCAGUUCAUCUCUACAGUACCAUUAGAUGGAACGAAACCAGCUUUCUUUCCUCUGGGGAAACCUUUCGACAAAUCAUAACUGGUCCAGAUGGGGAAUUUGCUGCCGUGACAACAGAAAACAGACUGUUCUAUGGCAGAGAGGGGCACAGAGCUGAUGCAGUAGAGAUCUACAACCUGGAGACUCCUUUGAGAGACACCUCUGUCCUUCUUUUCUCAGCUGAUGGAGAUUUCAUUGAAUUUUACGAUGACAGAACUGACCCCAGAAGGAAAUUAUGGCUGAAGAAGAGGGAGAUAGACCUGCAGCAGCAUCUCAGGGCUAUAGAACCUCCCUUGACAAAGUGCCAGUAUCAAGCUCUAGGGGCUGAUUUUCAAGGCAAAACCAUCUAUAUUGACAUCAACACCAAGACACAGAUAACUGUGAAUCUUAUACCACAGCCGGGAGUACAGAACCAAUUAUUGUUAAGUAUGUCCAACCCUCAUUUGUUACAAACUGUAUCAAGAUACGUCAACUCUCCAUCAGCAGCUAGUGGACUGUCUCCAAGAACUCUGGUUACUUCAUUGAAUCAGAAAUGCAUGGCUUCAAGUGAUGUAAGUUAUGAAGAGAUUGGAGUUACAAAUAUGAGGGUGACAGCUUCAGAGAGAAGUUUGGUGUGCAGCAAAAAUCCAUUGCAAGUUGGUCACGUCAGUGUUGGGUGUCCCCCAGGAAAACAUGUCCGGAUUAAGUUGCCACCUGGGUACAACUCUGAGUGUGAUGUGAUGAAGAACUUUACCUACACAAUACCUAAAUUCACCAUUGAUCCGACAAUGAUGCGUGGCAAAUUUGACGGGGAGGCAACCGCUGACCUUGAGAUCAAAUAUGACUACCAGCUUUUAGGGUGUCCUAUCAGCUCCUACCACAACUCCCUCUUCAAGCCAGAAAUGCAGCUUUGGCAGGGAGAUACCUUCCUAGAAGACAUCCACGACGACUUUAUCAUGUACGAAAUACAUGGGAUGAAGACAUAUUCCUACACCAAGAAAAUCAAGGAUGCAGGCUGUGACAAAACUCCGCAGACAUGGGCAGCCAUGUUGUUGAAACAACAAAGGGAGCUGGGACACAUUGACCCUUCAAUUGCUUGGACUAAGAUGAAUUAUGAGAGUUGUAAAGUGCCCUCUGUGCGUGGCACAGAAAAUGACGAUUUAGGUACGGCCACAACAGCGACACCCCCAAGUCACAGAUGUGGACGUUUGCCAAGGUCACAAACCAAUGUGACCUCUGCUGCAACAGUCCAAACACCAUUUACUUCUACAUACUCUCCAUCAGAUGAGGACCAGUAUGAAAUCUUGGGAGGCUCCGGAGACAACAAAGUCUCCUGGAAGAGUCUAAACUUGGUCUACAUAUUUGAAGUGAUAGUGCUCAGCAAGGACCACAGUUUUUGCGACCUGCGGACCAAAUUUGCUGUACAAGUGUGGGGAGCUCCUCCAAAAUCCUCAAUCCCCGUCUUUUUGGUAACUGGGAUAAUAUCCGCCAUAUUGACUGCAAUCGUGUACUGUAUGUACGCCACCACAAGAGUGAAGAAAAAGCAAGAGGAGGACUUGAGUAUUUUGCAGAGAUUGGAAUUUAAAAG